GUAUUUGUACGUUUGCAAUUAUCAUUUUUGUUACUUAUACAUUAGAAUAAACUAUCUUUGGAUUACUUAAUGCAACUUCCCUAUAUUUAUCAAAUUCAAUGGUGAUAUGUUUUAAGAAUAUAAUUUGUUACAUUUUUACUAUGAACAGUAAUGAGCUGGAACUAUUAGAUGUUUAUACAAGGUUAGAUAAGUACCAAAGAUCAAGCACUUUAUUCGAAGAGAACAAGUAAUCGUCUAUAAUAAAUUGAACGGUUUUUUUGAAAUGCAAUACUAGGUUUUGUUUCUAGUUGAAUAACAUACCGAUGGAUGUUGGUUGGUGUUUUUGUAAAAGUUAUAGCGUGGUUACACAGUCAGAUUACAUCAUAGUGAAUGCUUCAUUUAAUUGCGGGGAUUAAAUACACAUACUAAUUGUAAAUCAGACGGGGCAAAUGGUAAUUAGUCGCAGGAUAGUGGUGUAGCGAGAGAGUGAGUGUGAGAGUAAGAGUUAGAGUUAGAGUUAGAGUUAGAGUUAGAGUUAGAGUUAGAGUGAGAGUGAGAGUGAGAGUGUGAGUGAGAGUGAGAGUGAGAGAGACAUUCGAUUGAAAUAGAUAAGUAACGAUAGAUAGCGAGUAAGAAGUGAAGUAAGAGGGCGUGUGGGCGUCCCAGCCCCAUUACGAUGGCAACGUAGAAGCUCCGUCGCGGCGCGUGCGUCGAGCAGUGCAGGCGCCAGUGCCGCCGUCUGGCAACCCCUCUUCAGUCGAUAUCGCGCGGCGCGCCAGUAGUCGGCUCGGCUGAACGGCGGACAGCAGCCGAUCGGAGCUCCCGUUGCUGUCGCGCCUGCUCUCGAGACGAGUUGACGCCUUCGCCCAGCGAAAGUACUGCUCACUGCUCGACCGCACGCUGAGCCGGCGAGCGGGCGGCGGGAGAUGCGCUGAGCCCGGCUAGCGGCGGCUAGAGGCGGACCGCCGAGCGACGAUGCCCAAAGGCGGCGGGCACUGGAGAAGGUGACGGAGCUGGGCCGCCGUGGCGACGAGGGCAACCUGGUGCUCCUCGAAAUGGACUCCGUGGCCGUGACGGUGCCGCUGCGCGCGCCCGCCAAGAAGAUGAAGAAGCGCAAGCAGCUGGACGCGCUGGCACCGCCGCAUGCCGUCUCCAGGCGCAGCUCCGGCAAGCGCAGCUCCCAGGAGCUGCUGUCGGAGAGCAGCGACGAGCGCUCCGAGUACUGGAACGCGUCGGCGGCGGGCGGCAGGCUGCUCGGGCGCAAGGCCUUUGGCCGCUCCAGGCCGGAACCCGGCGCCGGCGGUCUCGCGCGCGCCUGCGGCCUCUUCCUCGGGGGCCUCCUCCUCUUCGUCACCCUCGUGCUCAUUUGGCUGUUCGUCGACCUGCGCCAGCAGCUCACCGCGCUCAGGGUCGAGCUCGAUCAAGUGAUCGCCGGCAGCGAAGGUGUUCCCGAUGCCCUCCAAACGUGCCACACCCUUGAUAAGAACUUUAAAGCUAAUAUUACGCGUAUUAAUGAUGAAAUCCGCAAACUCAACACGUCGCUUAAUACUUUUUCCACUCAGAUAUCGAAAUUCCAACAAGAACUGCAGCAACUGCAAGUGUCAGUGAAAUCGGCGCCAGAACUAACGAGCGUCCCUGCUACUGUUAAAGAUCUGCAAAAUAAUAUAGGACAGUUGGAGCUUGAGUUUAACGAUCUACAGGCUGGUUUCAAGACAUUGAAGGACACUGCACAACGUUCUCAAGAAGAACAAAAGAAUAUUUUUAAUAAAGUUGAGAGUACACUGCAGGGUCUACAAAAUCUAACUCAACAACCUCAGAAGGUGCCAACAAAUGAAACUCUGCUAGAAACUAAAAAACUACGGGAUACGAUUACAGAAUUGAGCAAGAAUAUAACGCACAUUAAUCAAACGUUAGCCAUGAAUAUUUUAUGGGCCCAAGAAGAUAUAAUCAAGGACCGUAAAACGUUAGCAUCACUGUUGGAUAAAGCCACGAAUGCUAGUACGCUAAUACAAACGUUACAGCAGGAGUAUGUAAAAAGAAAAGAUCAGGAAGUCCUUCAACACGCGGUUGAGUCAUUGUCCGAUCGAGUUGACAAGAUUUCUAGUAGCGUAAUUCAUCAACAAACGCUGCAAAACUUAGAACAAAUGUAUAACACAUCUCAAUCUUCUAGUGGUACACUAAUGUCUUCGUCAGCUGACUUCAAAAAUAAUGGCCCAAAUGAGCCACUGUUUCAAAAUAAACCAAAGAGUACAGAAAUUACAGCUCAGUCAACUUACAGAACCUCAGUCCCACCAUCUGCAAGUUCGCUAACAAGCGCCAACUAGUUUUCUAUUAGAGAAGAUUGCAGUGAAUGGAUUUGUCGAAUAAUUUUGUUUAAUGCAUAGAAUAAUAUGUGUGUUAUAUUUCGUUAGUACUUGUAUAUGGGUAAUUCUUGGCUAUUUCGAUUAACUUGUAACCCUUAGGUUGCGGAUUUAUUUGUAAUUUGACACACUUGUUGUACACAUAAAAGUGAGAUUUUUCCAAAAUUUUAAAGACGAUACAUUAAUUAUAUCAGAAGUUAUUAACAAUUAAAGAAAAAUGAUAAAAAAUUUUUAAAUGGCUAUAUUUUAAAAACUAAUAAAGAUAUCGAAGUCGGAUUUUUUUCAAAAUACUUAUAAUGCCUUAACAUUUCGAAAUAAUUACAACAAUAAACAAUAAAAGAUUUUUUUCGAAAGAUUAACUUUUUGUUUAAAAAAUUGCUAAUAUCUCAAAAAGUAUAUUUUUCUUUUGAAAAAUUCUUGCUCCUGCGUGUUUCUGAGGAUUUUUGCUAUCGAAAUCAAUCAUAAAAUUCAAGGGCCCGACAUGUCGGAAGGCGUAGCCCUAAUCAAAAGAAGAUGCCUCGGUGUAGGUCGCAACGGCAGCGGGUCGUCUUCGUGGUCUUACGCUGAGGCGUUUUCUUCUAAUUAGGGCUGCACCUUCCGAUACGUCGGGCUCUUGAAUUUUAUCAUCGAUUUCGAUAGCAAAAAUCCUCAGGAACACGCAGGAGCAAGAAUUUAUCAAAAGAAAAAUAUACUUUUUGAGAUAUUAGCAAUUUUUUAAACAAAAAGUUAAUCUUUCGAAAAAAAUCUUUUAUUGUUUAUUGUUGUAAUUAUUUCGAAAUGUUAAGGCAUUAUAAGUAUUUUGAAAAAAAUCCGACUUCGAUAUCUUUAUUAGUUUUUAAAAUAUAGCCGUUUAAAAAUUUUUUAUCAUUUUUCUUUAAUUGUUAAUAACUUUUGAUAUAAUUAAUGUAUCGACAUCAAAAUUUGGAAAAAAUCUCACUUUCAUGUGUACAACAAUUGUGCCAAAUUAAAAAAAAAUCUGUAACCUAAGGAUUAUAAGUCAAUCGAAAUAGCUAAGAAUAACCCAUAUACAAGUAUGUUUUGAUGUUGUCUUUAGUACUUAAUCCUUAUUAUUACAAUUGAUAAGUCGAUUUUCAAAUUGAAUUCUGUUAAUAAUGAGGGACAUUUUAUGACUGUAAAUUUUGUUAUUUGGCAUAAUUUUAUUUGUUAAUAUAAAGGAAUAACACGAUUUAAAAUAUUUUAUAAAGACCAAAAUUAUGUAGAUUUCUAAAUUUUUUAAAUUGAACGAAAGAUGUGUGCGAGCUUUCCGAAACUGUAUCUGUUAGUACAAAUUGCAUGCAGACUCAACUUUAUUCAAAAUGAUGUUUUCGAAUUUCAUAAAAACUGAAGCCUUGAUCAACACAGAACAUUUGUAACUUUCUAUAUAUAAUAUUAUUAUUACGAUGGUUUUUAUUCGUAGUCAACACAUUGCUACAUUUUAAUUCCUGCAGAAAAACAGCAAAUAGAUUUUUAAGCAAUUUUAAUGCAACUUGUAUAUUUUAGAUUUCAGGCCCUUUAAUCCGGCCCAAAGUCUGUGAUGACACUUGAUUUUUGUGCCGAAUCGAGUGUUUUUUGGUGUUUAACACAGUUUGUAUGAGUAUGUCAAGAUUGCGUAUAUUGUACUCAUUUGUGUACAUUACAUUAUCAUUAAGAAAAAGUCGAAGAUAUGCUUGGGCGACUUAUCGAACGCAAUUUAAUGUAUGAAGAUUAUAAUUGAUUAUGUGCAUAAUUUUUUAUACUUUGUUUCUUCAAUGUAUACCACCAAUUAUUAUAGAUUACUACAUAACUGAUCACUAAAGCUUCUAGUGGUUCAAAGGCUAAACAUUAAUAUGUAAAACAAUUAAUAAAUGUAAGAUAAAGAAACAUCGAACUGGAACCUGCUGACUAAUAACUGAAAUAAUGUAUGCAAAAGUAGCACUGUAAAAGUGUGCCUCGAUCUAUUGUAGCCAUUGACUUGACUGACUUUGAACGUUUGACUUGCUCAAUAAAUUAAUAAUGUUAAACUAUGUUAUUAAUAAAAAUUUCAAGCAAU